AUGGCGAUCGAGGGCGUCCCCAAAGAAAUGCUUGCGGUGCAAAUCGUAGAGUUCAACAAACCGUAUACGAUCCAUAAAGUUCCCACCCCUUCAAGCCUCAAACCGUACGAAAUCCUGCUCAAGACGGUGGUCGCAUCGUUAUGCCACACGGACAGUAUGGUAGUUGCCGGCAAAUUCCCGACGAAAUUGCCCUGCACCGCAUCACACGAAGGGACAGGCAUCGUCGUUGCCGUCGGCGACCAAGUCACCAAUUUCAAAAAGGGCGAUCGUGUCAUGUCUGGUCUCCCACGGGCCCCAUGUGAGAAGUGCUUCAACUGCCAGGGUCCGAAUGAUUGGCACCAGUACUGUGAGCACAUCGAGGGCCACAUUGGUGUCUUCGUGGACGGCGCUUUCAGUGAGUAUCACGUCGUGGACAGCCGGACGAGUUGUCAUAUUCCGGACAAAGUGAGCUUCGCAAGUGCAGCACCCCUCGCUUGCGCUGGGUGUACAAUAUAUCGGGCAAUCAUUGUUGCCGAGGUUCCAGAGGGGGGUUGGUUGGGCAUUGUGGGUGCCGGUGGCGGGCUGGGCCACCUGGGCAUUCAGUUCGCACUGGCCAAAGGGUUCAAUGUCGUUGCCGUUGAUGCCAGAGACGAAGGGCUCGAGUUGUGCAAAAAAGCGGGCGCAAAGCACAUUUUCGACGCGCGCGAGGGCAAGGAGAAGGUCGUGGAGCAGGUGCAGAAGCUCACAGGUGGCCUGGGCGUCCACGCUUCGAUCAACGUGUCGGAACACGAAACCUCGGCCGACACGGCCUGUGCCAUCACGAGGAUGCAUGGAACCAUGGUGCAGACUGCACAGCCGGACCGGGUCUGCGUGGCCUUCCAGGAACUGAUUUUCAGAGACAUUCGCAUCAAGGGGACAUUGAUCGCCGGACAGGAAUACAGCCAGCAAAUGCUAAACGACGCGGCCAAGUACGGAAUCAAGGUCGAAACGAAUCUCUUUUACGGGUUGGAGGAAGUGCCCAAGAUGGUUGAGCUGGCUCACUCGGGAAAGAUGAAGGGGAAGGCCGUUUGCGUGGUCGACAAGGCCGAGUUUGAAAAGGAGAAGCUUUAA